AGGUCAAGCGUGGUGACAGUUACAGAUGAAGUUGAUAGUUGCAGAUUUUCCUAAAUACAAAGGAAUAUGAAUAGUAAUAGUAACAUUAACUAAAGCAGAAAUUAACUAGAGCUGGGGGAUGUAUACUCUAAGAAAACUCUGAAUACACUAUACUCUGUAAAAUUUGAAUUUCUUUAUAAUUCACUAAGUUCUUUUCAGUCAGACGUUAAAUCUUCACUGAGAUGAAGCAGCUGCGGUCAGUGUUGGGAGUAACGGCGUUUAAGUAUAAUGGCGUUACUAACGGCGUUAUUUUUUCAGUAACGGAGUAAUCUAAUUAAUUAUUUUUCCCAUACUUGCAACGCCGUUAUCGUUACUGAGAAUGUUAAGUAGCGCGUUACUAAAAUUUGGUUGAAUGACGCGUGAGAUGUCAAGCUUUGGUUUUAUCAGCUGCCUGACGAGAGAUAAUGAUGACGCCGCUGCAAAUGCGAUGAUGAUUGGCUGGGUGGGCGGAUGCCAUGCUCCUGGUGUCUCACUGCACGCUCACUGACACUCCGACUUCCACUACCUCUGAACACACUGGACAGCGACAAUGGCGACGAGCCAGGGAAAUUCAAAGGAUCUGGGAUUGUGGAGCGCAAUAUCGCUGAAUUUAGGAGGGCGACAUGAGAGCAGCUUGAUCCGACGCUUCGUUUUGGAAACAUCGCUAAGGACCCUGAGGGAAGGCAUGACCUGGUGGCUUCUGAUCCUUUUCCUGCCCCUGGCCACACAGGGACAUGGUGAGGCGGCCCGGGACAUCAGCACCGGAGAUGUGUCUUCGCUCCGCAACAGACCCCACAUCCAUUACUGCCGCUCACCCAACAUGGAGACCUUCACUUGCUGGUGGCAUCUCCCUGACAACACUUCACAGAACGAUGGCAAUGUCAAUUUCACAUUGACCUACACUGUGGGGAAGGGGCCCCAGCACGAGUGCCCGGACUAUGUCACAGGCGGCCCCAACAGUUGCUUCUUCGACAGCCAGCACACGCAGGUGUGGGAGGUUUACUGCAUGACCGUUACAGUCCAGGGUGGCGGAGGCAGCCUGACCUCCGAGGAGCACUGUCUGGACGUGGCAGACAUUGUGGAGACCGACCCCCCGCUGAACCUCACUUACCAGCAGGGAAGCUGUGUGGAGGAGCUGGGCUGCGGCGUGGCUGUGUCCUGGCAUUACCCCAUGACUGUGGACGUGCAAAUGGGCUGGGUCACACUCGUCUACGAGCUGCAGUACCGCCGCAAGUUGGAACCGGACACCUGGAAGGUGAAGGGGGGGCUGCGUGAGCCUCAUCUGGAGCUGCUGGGCCUGCCAGUGGGGAGUUAUGUGAUGAGGGUGCGUUGCAAAUCUCGCAAUGCCAGGCUGUGGAGCAAGUGGAGCCCCAACCUCACUGUGUACAUCCCCCCCAAACUGGGAACAGCUGUCCCAGAUAAGAAGCUGGUGGGGGUCCUGGUGACGGGGGUUGGUAUGAUGGCUCUGCUCAUCAUCAGCAUCGGAGUCAUUCCUCAGAGCAAGAGGUUAAAAGCCUUCCUUCUGCCCCCCAUUCCCAAGCCACGGAUCAGGGGCAUCGAUUCUGCGCUUCUGAAGAAUGGCAAAAUAGAUGAGAUCAACCGCCUGUUCAGCUCAUUCCAAGGAUACACACCUGGCCAGCACAGCGAGGAAGCUCUGCUUCAGCUGAAUGUGGAUGAAGACCUUACCUUUAUAGGGAGCCCUGUAGCCCAGUCAAGCAACAGCAAAUGGGAAGUCCCACCUGAUAGUCAAGGACAUGGCUUUCUAGCGGGUCAGGAGCUUCUUGAGGAGGCAGUGGGACCUGCUAUAUACAGCCCGAGUCCUGGUGCCUGCGUACAAGGUUCUGCCCCCAGCCAGGUGGAAUCUCCCAGCAGCCCUGUGGUAAUGAUGUCUGUCUGGGCUCAGCCUCCUCUUGGCACUGCACACACUGAGUUUCUCACUUUCCCAGCUCUGGGCUACAGCGUAGCGCUGGGCCCGGCACCAGUCCAGCCUGCCAAUCAAGGCUUUUACACCUGUGUGAAUGGAAUUGGCACUAGAGGGGCAGUCCACCUGGUGCCGUGCCUCCCCGAUCACCCAAAACACGUCUCCUACCCGCAGCUUGGGAGCCCAGUCGACACAGUCAUAAAGAGCCUGGCGGAGGGCGGGAGUCAGCUGGCUGCAAACAAUGGGCAGGGGGAGCAGGGCGGGCUGGCAGCUAGCCAGGGGGGCGUGUCAGCUAGGGCGGGGCUAGACACUUACACAACCCUGGAUGACCUCAGGAUAGGUAAAGAGCUCGGUGUGAGCACAGCCUCCAACCAAUGAGAGCCACCCUGGGUCUACUAUCCCUACAAGUAGAGAGCGCUACAAGUAGGUGCAGCCCAGGCCAAGUCAACCCUGCUUCAGAGAGUGUCUUAAUGCCGAGAUCAAGAUUAACUCGAUGUGCCUGCAAGUAGUCAUUAAGGGGACAUUAAAAGCACCUUAUUUGGUCAAGGAAACUCAUAUGAUAGAACAAAAAGGCUUUAUUUUUUAUCAAUGGUUUUUUUGACUGGGGUCUUUAUAUUCGAGGGUAACUGCAGGUUCAGGUAAAAUAAUCUCAGGUCAUGGACAGCAGGAGCUGGGCUGGAGAUUCUGUGUUGCCUUUGUCCUGCUGGGACCCUGACUUCUCUCGAUCUACCAGUUGGCCACAACGCCAGGAACAUUCAGGAGACAGAAUAAUGCAGGGUGUUACGGGAGCACUACGGUCACUGUGAAUUGAAGACUUUCAUUCAUGGCCUUCAUAGAGGACAAUUUAAUCAGCCGUGACUUGGAUAUGAAGUUUAAUAUUCUGUUCUGACUUGGAAAAAUACAGGCUGUGUUUUGCUAAUGAACCAUAAGGAAAAGUAAGGAACUAAGACCAUGAUUGAUUUCAAGAAGAAUCCACAGUUUGUAGCCAUCUCUGAACAAUUGGUGACGUGAUUGUUUUUUGUUUUUUUUUUAUGGACUGCAGGCUUUUUUUGUCUUUCCUGAAAAAUGGGCACAGCUAGAUGUUAUUCUGUUAGUGUCCACAGGGCUUGGCUCUUGGGGAGAGACGGCAGACAGAGGACACCCACCUGUGGAGGGUUCAGACAUCGGUGUCUCCUGUUCUUAUUAUAAAGAAAAACACUAGACAAGCAAAAAUGCUGUGCACACACCCCAACUGAUAUAUACUAUUACUGCAUUGGUUAUCUGCUUAUAAUAUGGGUCAAAUGAUACAUUUCAAGUCUGGCCUGCUUAAAGUACUUAUUCUACCUGAAAUUCUAUACCAGAAGAAAUUGCUUAUUAGGCUGUGCUCUCUAUGAACGUCAGGGAGAGCACACAGCAUGUAAUUCACGCAAACGUUUCUGUAUCGGGGUACCUGAUAUAAUAACAAAACACAUGCCCAUACACCAUCCCACGCCGACCGAAGCUGGGAAUUCCUGCUUGAUGUCUCAUUCCAUGUAUCUGUGGCUGGUCUUAUAGUGUUUAUAAACAGCUUUUCUAUUUUCCCGCAUUCCUUUUUAAGAACUUUAAUUUGUCUUGGUUAUUUAGUUGUCUAGCUAGUACCUCAAAGCAGUUAGGAAUUUUUGUAUGUAAAUAAGUCUGAAUUCUUACCUUACUCUGCUGGAGAACAUAUUACGUCAUGUGUAAUUCUAACUUUUCGAGUGUUGGAUUACUGCCAAACAAAAGAUGCAAUGAAUGACCAGGUUACAUGUGAAACAGGUGAGGUGGCUUACUGUUCAGUUAAAAAUUUAACUAACUAACUAAAACGAAGACUAUCACAUAGGCCUGCGUUAGAUUUUGAUCAUGUUACUAAAUAUCAGUCGAGAUGUUCAUCAAACUUGUAACCUGUUUUUGAAACUCAAAAAAUCUGGGCAGUGUCUCUGUAACCAUUGAAUGUUGCCGUCAGGCACACUUAAAAAAUAUAAAAUAUUAUUGUACAUACAUGUGAUUGUGGUGAAGCAGUGGCGUACAAAGUGUUCUUAUUUUAAGAGGUUUGAAGAUUAAGCCAGAAGCUGCAGAUGGCCUUCAGGGAGGAACAUAGAAAGUCGAGAUGUAGCUGUACAUACUGGUCAAAGGUGAGACAUCCAAGGUGCCCAACAUCAGCAUACUUAUAAGAAAAAAUUCCAGAAAUUCCCGUAUCUUUUACCCACAACCUUUUCAGAACAUUGAUCUAGUUAUUUCUUCUUUCUAAUUUGUUUCAAGCUUCUAUUCCUGCCACCUGUUACCUCAGAUCAACAUGACUGGGUACCGUUGGGGUCAGAGGCGAUGCCUUUAUUUUGCUUUGUAUUGCAGGCAAUAGCAUGAGUGUGAAAUUAGAGCUUCUUUUGGAUGGCUAGUAAACAUACAGGAUCGUUCACAGUGCAAAUAUGUUAAGAAUUUUAAAAGGCCUUUUCUGGGAUAAUUCCUGGAUUUAAAUAUACUGGUGCAUAUAUUUUGUUUCCACUGAAUUCAUAGCUCAUGCACAGAUAUCCUAUGACUAUUUGUAUACGAAAGAUUAAAAUGACUUAAUGACAAUCAGUUGUUCCCUGCCCAGCGACCGUGAAAAGGAUAAGCAGUUACAGAUUAUGGAUGGAUGGACAGUAUAAUCAGUUAAAUGGGUACAUGUUUGUGAGCUUGUGUUCAUUUUCUCUCAGAAACCGAAUGCUGAACAUGCUUUCGUAUCAGAGGUUACUGUACCCCUCCUGAUUUACUGUGUUUCAAAACACUGAAUUCUGUCCCCAUUGUGAUUGUACUGUGUUUAUACUCUGUGGUGUCUCACCUGUGCCUUAGGCCUGCUUGUGGUAGAUACUCCCAUCUCUCUCUCUAUCCCACUGUCCUGCCCGAUCUACCAGGUAAUUUACCACGAAUUUUUUUUUUUUUUUUAUACUCAGAAUUCUGAGUGCAGAGUGGCAUGGUACAAUGGACCAAAAAAACAAACUCAAGUGAAUGUGAGAGAAAAACUUCUCUUUAUGAUUUUGUAUUGAAUGUAAACAUGAUUCAGACAGAGGAAGCUGUCACUGUGAUUCUGAGUGACAGUUUAAAGAGAGGUUAUGAUAAUAGAGGCAGACGCAAAUACACAGCUCUGAAGGAGAACGGGUCUACGAGCGUGUCUACACACGAACAUGCAAAGGGCCCUGUGUGUACCAUUAUUAUGGCCAAAUGCAUUACAGACACACAUCAUUAUGCCACAGAAUGGGUAUUCUUUCACUGUGCUCAAAGCUUCUCCACAAGUCCCUUGGAAACUUGCCUAGGCAGGGGAGUGAACAAAAAGGCAGCCAACACAAAGAUUUGUGUUACACUGAAGUGUUUAUUAGUGUCCUUCACCAGUUCAAAGUAGCUUUUCAUAUGGUAAAUAAAUCGUCAUGUUGGCCUUCAAAUGUCCUUUUCAAUUUCCUGUUACAUGCUUAUGAUCACAAAGCAAGUCCUUAGAAUCAGAGACAACCUACCCCCGGGACUCUGUCCAUUGUGUGAAACUAUAGUUUACACACAAAAACAUGCCCCCUGCCCCCCUCAGGGCCACAACACCCCCAUUCUCCAAGUAUCUUGUUGAGAUGUGGUAGUAUGUGA